GCAAAAUUGUCUGGAAACGGAAAUACGUAAUUAAACUGCGUCUGUCCGUGUUGUGUCGACGACCAAAGCUGUACGCAAUUUUGUUCUUAGAACAUUUUGUACGGAAAAUAUACAACUAUGGCUAUGCAAGCAGCUAAACGAGCUAAUAUUCGAUUACCACCUGAAGUCAACAGAAUACUCUACAUUAGAAAUCUACCAUACAAGAUCACAGCUGAGGAAAUGUAUGACAUCUUUGGGAAAUAUGGACCAAUACGACAGAUUCGAACUGGAAACACACCGGAAUCAAGAGGGACAGCUUACGUGGUCUACGAGGACAUCUUUGAUGCCAAGAACGCCUGCGAUCACCUGUCUGGAUUCAACGUCUGUAACAGAUAUCUUGUAGUUUUAUACUACAAUGCAAACAGGGCGUUCCAGAAGAUGGACACCAAGAAGAAAGAGGAGCAGCUGAAGCUUCUGAAGGAGAAAUACGGCAUCAACACAGAUCCCCCAAAAUAGACUCCCUUUUCCCCCUCUUCCCCAUUGUCCUUCCCUGGUACAGAAUGUGCAUUUAGACAAAUGUGAAGUUGUUUGUCGCAAAAUUUAGCAUGCAGGUGUUUUCUACUUGUGUUAUAUUUCAUUGCGUUUGACAGGCCUGUUUAUUCUUUUACAUGUAUUUUUAACUUUGUUUCUGUGGUGCAUAUUGAACACAUACCAUCUUUGAAAAAUCUUCCACAAAAUGUAUGCAUCAAAUCUAUUCAUACAAAUUCACUUUUAGAUUUCAGAUUCUGUCAAAUGUAUUUUGGUAAAAUUGUCAUUUAACAUUUUUUUUUUUUUUAAAGCUGCUGGC